GACCCGCCUACGCGAACGCUUUUGUUUACUAACGGAAAGUAAGCGCCCGUCUCGGUGUUUGGGUCGCUGCUAAUGUUUUUGUCGUUUUUUGAUGCAUCUCAAAGGUAUGUUUGAGUAUUAUAGAUUAUAAUACCGUAGAUAGUUUUAUAGAUAUAGAUUCCCACGCGCCGCGGACCUCGCGCACAGUUCCGAGUUUGAGGAAAAACUACUUUUCACUCCUCUGUGAUGAAGAUGGGGACGGCGUUGCUGUACGAUGACGAGAUGACCCGCUACAAGUUGCUCUGGACUGACCCUGUCUGUAAGAUUGAGGUACCCGAGCGCCUGACUGUGAGCCAUGAAGCUUUGGUCAAGGCCGGCCUGGCUGAGCGAUGCGUCUCCGUCCCGGUGCGCGAGGCGACCGACGCCGACAUCCUGCUGGUUCACAGUGAGGAGUACUUGGAGGCGGUGAAGAAGACCCCCUAUAUGACUCUGGAGGACCUGAUGGAGUUCACCCUGCAGUACGGCGACGUCUACUUCCACCCAAAUAUUUAUCACUGUGCCAAGCUGGCUGCAGGCGCCGCCCUGCAACUGGUGGACAGCGUUAUGACGGGGAGGGUGAGGAACGGCAUGGCCCUGGUCAGACCACCGGGGCACCAUAGCAUGCGGGGCGCCGCCAGCGGGUUCUGCGUGUUCAACAACGUGGCCAUAGCGGCCCGGUACGCCAAACAAAAAUACGGGGUUGAAAGGGUGUUGAUAGUUGACUGGGAUGUACAUCAUGGUCAAGGGGUGCAGUACUGUUUUGAAGACGAUCCGAGCGUGCUUUAUUUCUCAUGGCACCGAUACGAGCAUCAGAAAUUCUGGCCUAAUCUUCCGGACUCAGACUACGACUGUGUUGGCAAAGAGAAAGGGGCGGGAUUUAAUGUCAAUGUACCAUGGAACAAAGUGGGAAUGAAGAACAGCGACUAUCUUUCGGUCUUCUGUCACGUCCUCCUGCCAAUCGCAUACGAGUUCAGCCCAGACCUGGUCCUGGUGUGUGCAGGCUUCGACUCCGCUAUCGGUGAUCCAGAGGGUGAAAUGUGUGCCACCCCUGACGUCUUUGCCCACCUCACUCACCUGCUGAUGAACCUCGCAGGGGGGAAACUGUGCGCCGUGCUGGAGGGAGGGUACAACUUGACAUCCCUCCAUCAGUCCGUGUGUCAGACAGUUCAAACUUUGCUCGGAGACCCUCCGCCGCAACCUGCAAACCUUGACGGCCCCUGCGUGAGCGCACUGGAGUCCCUUCAUUGUGUCCGAUCAGCUCACAGGGAGUACUGGUCCUGCCUCAAACAUGAGGCCGACCCACCUACCUCUGAUGUCAGCACGAAGGCCAUCGAGUUAGCGGCGGAAGGCAAAGAAAAGCAGAAGAAGGCAGAAGAGGAGAGCGGCGCGGAGGUGGCGGCGUGGCUGGAGCCCCUGAAGCGCACUGCGCCUCCGGUUCGCAGUGCUCUCGUCCUCCCUGAUGGCGUGGCCUGCCCGGAGGGAUGUGCACGCUUCAGUGCUUCGGCAGACCCCGCCAUAGUCCACAAACUCAGGGAGACUUUUCUCAAAGACUCGGACGACAGCGAUGCUCUCACAGCCCUCUCCAGUCUUACUGCCCUGGUACAGAAAAUGGAGCAGAAUGAGAUCUGCAAUGGCUUGGCGUUGGUCCGUGAUGUCUCCAUGGCGACAAUGUGUGUCGUCCAGCAUGCUGAAGCCGCUCACCUCGACCGGGUUUUCAUCGUGUGCGUUGGAGACGCGGUCGUCCCGAGUCAAUGCCGACGAGACGAUGGGACAACUCUUCUGGUGCAGUUCAGCAGCGAGGAGUCAGAGGAACAACAACACAGAUUUUACAUUCCUUUGUGUCUGAAGAAGGGCUGCAGCGACGUGUCAGGGUUCACACAAGCCGCGUUGGGCCUCGUGCUGCCGCUGGGGUACGAGUACGACCCGAGCCUGGUUCUGUUGGUCCGGUCGGCGGGCAGCGGCCUGUGCGACGGCGCGUGGCAACAACUGACCGGCCUGCUGCAGGGCCUCGCACAAGGACACACGCUGGUGCUCAUGGAGGAAGGUGAGGAGGCAUGCGUCGGCCCGACGGCCUCGUCUCUUCUCGGGGUCGCCGCCGCCUCUCUGGGGAGCCUUCGUGCUCCGCUGCAGGACGACGUGAAGGCGCUGGAGGGACUGAGGCGCAGGCUGCAGGCGGACUGGAAGCUCCUGCAGACAACAGCAGCGCCGGAACCUGGAAGGAAAACGGAAGCUGAUCCUGCUCGUUUUUUAAUCAAGAAGUAAACAGAAACAAUACUGAACUCCGGGCCUGGCAACAAAAACCUCCUCAAAGUGUAUGACAGCCGCCUGAGGACACAGCAAACAAGGAGAGUGCCGGCCAGGGAGGAGGUGAUGAAGAGCGAGCUGAUCACCUGACGCGCCGCAGCUUUGCUCAUCAGCGCCUGGAGGGGUGCAGCAGGCCCAAAGCACUCACACACAACACACAGUUCUGUGUGUACUGUAGCACACAUUUUUUCAUCAAACAACAAUAUUAUUUGUUGGUUACAGAUUGCUAUGAUUAAUUUGGGAAUAUUUGUGACUAUUAGUAAAUAUCUUAAGUAUUUCCAUAUAUUGCUAAUUGGUCCUUACUCCACUGUAUGUUUCACAGGGAACUUGCCAUUCAUUCCAAAGUUAAAGUGACUAAUUAAUAAUCAAAUUUUACACACAAAACAUUUGAUGGGCUUAUAAAUGUAGUUGCAUAAUUCAUACUUUUUUGUGAAAUGCUCCUUUAACUUGUAAUGUAUGUAUUGUGUAGUAGUUCUACAUUAAAACUAUACUCUUUUCUA